AAAGUUCAUCAUCAUACAAAGGAGAAAACUUUGGAGCUUUCUCACUUUCUUUACUUCACGAUCCUUCUUUUGCCUAAUUUCUCGGUUUCAUUUACAAAAUUCUCAUUUUGAUUCUUUCUUACUCUUUAGCUAGAGAAGAUUUAUACUGGGUUUUGAGUAUUUCUCGGAAAGUUUCGUUUUUUUUUUUUCUGGGAAAGUUUCCGAGAUCUCGGCGGAGUACUUUUUUUUACGACGAACCAGUAUGGUUUGGUACUCAAGCUGUAGAAUUUUGUUUCUGGGUCUGAUUAUUUUGUUAGCUUCGAGCUGGGUUUUGGAAAGAUGCGAAGGAUUUGGUGAAUUUGGGUUUGAAUUUCAUCAUCGUUUCUCCGAUCAGGUUGUUGGGGUUUUACCUGGAGAUGGUUUACCUAAUCGAGAUUCUUCUAAGUAUUAUAGAGUGAUGGCUCAUCGUGAUCGGUUAAUCAGAGGUCGUCGACUUGCAAACGAAGAUCAAUCACUUGUUACUUUCUCUGACGGCAACGAAACUAUUCGUGUUGAUGCCCUAGGAUUUUUGCAUUACGCUAAUGUGACGGUUGGGACGCCGUCUGAUUGGUUUCUGGUUGCUUUAGAUACUGGAAGUGACUUGUUUUGGUUGCCCUGUGACUGCACCAAUUGUGUUCGUGAACUGAAAGCGCCUGGUGGCUCGAGUUUGGACCUCAAUAUUUAUAGCCCUAAUGCUUCAUCGACAAGUACUAAAGUUCCUUGUAAUAGCACAUUAUGUACAAGAGGUGAUCGAUGCGCUUCCCCUGAAAGUAAUUGCCCAUACCAGAUCCGGUAUCUUUCUAAUGGUACCUCGUCUACCGGAGUCUUGGUGGAGGAUGUACUUCACUUAGUUUCAAAUGACAAAAGUUCCAAAGCUAUUCCAGCUCGAGUUACUUUGGGAUGUGGUCAAGUUCAGACUGGUGUAUUCCAUGAUGGUGCUGCUCCAAAUGGUCUUUUCGGGCUUGGGUUGGAAGACAUAUCUGUUCCUAGCGUACUAGCAAAGGAAGGAAUUGCAGCUAACUCAUUCUCAAUGUGUUUUGGGAACGAUGGAGCUGGUAGGAUCAGUUUUGGAGAUAAAGGAAAAGCAGUUUAUUUCAUCAUGUAGAAGAAGAAAUCCAGACUAUGGAUCUUCAGAAUUCCCCUCAGAAUGCCCCUGUAGCUCAUGGUGCCUCAUCUAGCAGCCUAGCCAUACAGCCAUCAGAGGUUGUUCCUGUUGCUCAUGGUGCUUCAGCUAGCAGCCUUACCAUACAGCCAUCAGAGGAUGUUCCUCUUCGAACUAAGUAUGGACGGGUGGUAAUUCAGCCAUCUAGGCUCGAGCAAAGUGGCAAGAAACCCAAAAAGAAGAAGAACAACAGGAAGAAAUAAAGCGUCUGCUUCAGUUUAGCAUCUGAAUCAGCCAUCUAGGUUCCUCAGUUCUUCCGACUGUCAAAAUUUAUCAAACUCUUUUGUUCCUCUGUUAUUUAUUUCAGCAACUUAUGCUUCUAAAUGUUAGACUUCAGAUUUGCUUGUAUUUUGAAUUUUAUGAUAAUAUUUUCUUCGGAAAAAUUCCCUAAAAAA